UGUAUGCUUGCGGAGCCAAAUAUCACAGGUCAUGCCAUGCCAAGUAUUGCCAAGAUCCCAUAAAAUGGAGAAGUCCUGACAAAGAAAAGAAAGAGAAGCAAGAAUCGAUGGUUGAAGCUCAUGCUAAUGCAUUUGCUAGUGUUUGUAAAAUUGUUGAUGAUGUGGUGCUGAAGCAACGGAACAUUUUGAUGUUAAAAAAUUUAUGUGACACAUAUAGACAUACUCUGGAGAACUCAGAUCAUAAAAAUCCUAACUUCCGUAGUGAAAACUUGAAAACAAAACUGGAGAAGCAUUAUGGAAGUCACUUAUCAUUCUGCCCCUUGGGACAAUUUCAUUCAUAUAUCCUGUACAACAGCAAUGUUGAAAUCAACCAAGUCAUGAAAUAUGCAUAUGAACUGGGCAGCAAAGACGUGAUUGAAACAGCUGGAGCUCGUCUACAUCAGGACAUCCUGAACGCUUUCAAGAAUUCUGCAGAGUUGAUGUGGCCACCAACUGCCCAAUCUCUAAUCAACUCAGACAUUGGUUUGCCUUCAUCUUUAGAAAAAUUCUUGUCUAACAUGCUAUAUGGUGCAUCGUCCCCAAGAACUGAAAAAUCCAAGCGAUUAGUGUCAUCCAUUGCUCAGGAUAUCUGUAGAGCAGCCACCAACAGUGAAUGGAAGCUCCCUAAGCAUGUUUUGAUGUGUUUGACUCUGCGACAUAUGUUCAGAAGUGAGCGUCUCGUCACCAUGCUGAACAGGUUUGGUCACUCAGAGAAUUAUGCCUUCUCACUGGAGCUGGAAACUGCUAUAGCACAGUGUGUUGAAGAUUCCUCUACGUUGCUGACUAACCAGAUUGUCCGGAAUCCUGGUCCACUGUCCCUGUUCCAUUCAGAGUUUGAUAAUUUUGACAUGUUAAUCAACGAUAUGACUGGCGGUGGUUCAGUUCACACAGCACAUGGCAUAAUGCUACAGGAAGUAUCUGGUGCAGAAGGGACUCACAGGGAAUUACCGUGUGUCCCAAAGACUGGUCGUAGGUCCCUGGAACUCAAGGAACCUGAAUUACCGGACUGCUAUGUGACAAUGAGAAAAGAUCCACGGCUGCACAUAAACCAGCUGCAUUAUCCAGAAGGGGCUACUGCACUAAUGAACUCUACCCGAAGACAAAUGCUUUGGGUCAUUGCCAGAACUGUGUACAAAAGUGGACAUAUAGUUCCUGCCUGGUCGGGUUUCCUGUCUCAGACAGGAAAGAAACCUCAACAGAUAACAGUCAUUGACUACUACCCAUCCAUGUACAAAAUGGCAGACCUGUUCUUCAGUUUUGGUGGACAGAACUAUGCAAGAUAUCUCACUUACUUUGGCGUGUUCCUUGCCAACUUGGAUGCUUCACAUCCAGGUGCUGUGGAUCUUCUGAGACUAGGAGCAUUCAGUGUAGCCCGCUCCAUGAUACCUGGAAAUCGGUGUGAUGUCGACAAAACUAUGGAGGAGACUUUCAUGAGACAUGCCAAGUCUCGAGGUGGUGGUGCUGUUGCUGGAAUGGUUUGUGGUAGUGCAGAAAACCAACACCGAGACAUCAAGCUUGCUGGAAUCAAGAGGAGUGAGAAGGCCGUAGAGAAAGUAAAACUCUCGAUCCAGAGCUUCCUGAACCCUUUCAACAUGGAGACCAACGAUCUAGUAAUUCUGUCCUCUGGUGCUACUGCAUCAACAGACAUAACUAGAGAUGUGCUGAAGGCAGAAUCAGUUGCAAGCACAACAUCCGACGCACCGUGCUCGGCACCUGCGUCGUGCUGGCCGCCGACGGCGGCGCCAGCAACAGGGCUCAGCCCCAAGGUGACCAUCACCCUUUGCCGGCGUCGGGGGUGCUGGCGAGCCCUCAGCUCGCGGAAGGUGGCCGCCUUCGCCUUCCCGGAGGCGUCCGGCCCCACCUCCGUCACUGCCCCGCUGGACCUGGAGUACCUCUUCAGGUGCAGCGGGAAACCAGACGCCGAUGCCACGCAGAUCAAGAUCUGUGUGGCGUACCGCCGCGGUGCAACUCGCAAGGCCCGCGUUAGCCUGGAGGAGUUCCUGGAGGCGCUGCUGGACGGAGGGCGACCUGGCAGCUUCUACUUGUACAUCUAUGAAGACAAAGUCGGCCUCCAGCAAGCCAGUCAGCAGUUCCAGGCCCUUCCCACAACAUGGCCACUGGAACAGAAACCCGACAAGGGAAAGAAGGCCAUGUAUACUGAAGGAAACACCGCCAAUGAUGAAGACACCUACAACGAAUGGAAAGUUUACCUAGAAAAGGUGUUUGCGGUGGAAGAUCAUGACGAUGACACUUACAAUGACGAUGACACCUACAAUGACGAUGACACCUACAAUGAUGAAGACACCUACAACGAAUGGAAAGUUUACCUAGAAAAGGUGUUUGCGGUGGACGAUCAUGACGAUGACACUUACAAUGACGAUGACACUUACAAUGACGAUGACACCUACAAUGAACGGAAGGAUCUCCCGGAAAGGGUGCUUACGGUGAAAGAUAAAGUCUUUGGCGAGGCGGCGCACGAGGUUGUGGAAGCCUCUGAUGUCGAUGCAACAGAAGAGGAGGAAGCCUCAAAUGUUUCUGCCGCGAAAGAGGAAGAAGAAGAAGCCUCUGAUGCUGGUGACGCAGAAGAGAAAGAAGCCUCUGAUGUUCCUGCCGCAGAGGAUGAAGAAGCCUCUGAUGUCGGUGCCGCAGAGGAUGAAGAAGCCUCUGAUGUCGGUGCCGCAGAGGAUGAAGAAGCCUCUGAUGUCGGUGCCGCAGAGGAUGAAGAUGCCUCUGAUGUCAGUGCCGAAGGAGAGGAGAAAGCCUCUGAUGUUACCGCCGUAGAGGAAGAAGAAACCUCUGAUGUUCCUGCCGCUGAAGAGGAAGAAGCCUCUGAUGUUACCGCCGCAGAGGAGGAAGAAACCUCUGAUGUCGGUGCCGCUGAAGAGGAAGAAGCCUCUGAUGUUACCGCCGCAGAGGAGGAAGAAACCUCUGAUGUCGGUGCCGCUGAAGAGGAAGAAGCCUCUGAUGUUCCUGCCGUAGAAAAGGAAGAAGCCUCUGAUGUUCCUGCCGCAGAGGAGGAAAAAGCCACUGAUGUCGGUGCCACAAGAGAGGAGGAAGCCUUUGACGUCGGUGCCGCAGAAGAGGAGGCACCACUGCACAGAGAAGCCUCUCGAGGCGAAGUCCAUUCACCAGUGACCGUCCCUGCCGCCCCCGCCACAGCUUCCCUCGCCUACCGCAGCCUCACCGUGGCGCAGAGAUUCAUCUCCCGCCUCGCAGGACCCGGUGACCGCCAGCUGGAGGACCUGCGGCGGAGCCACGGCGUCAGCAUCGUGCGGGUCAGGCGAACCCUGCACAUCAAGGGCGACAGGGACGCCGUACUGCGGUGCCACCGAGACAUACGCGACGAGAUCGCCGAGUGGCGGAGGCGCGAGGCCGCUGAGGCUCAGUAAGCGAGCCACAGACAUGCCUGUGACCCGUGACGGCCGCCUUAGCACCAUGUUUCUUAGCAUUUCUUAUCAUUUCUUGUCUUUCUUAUCAAUCUAGAUAUUCUGUUGU